CGUCCCCCGCCCCCCGCCUGCGGGGCCGGCGCUGCCGGUGCCGGAGCGGCCGCCCGGGGUCGCUGCGGGUCGGGCCGGGUCGGCGGCGCGGCCAUGGCGGUGUUCGUGACGCGGCGGAUCCCGUCCGAGGGGCUGCGGGUCCUGUCGCAGGCCGGCGGGUGCCGCGUGCAGCAGUGGGACUCGGAGGAGCCGGUGCCGCGGGCCGAGCUGCUGGCCGGCGUGGCGGGGAAGCGGGGGCUGCUCUGCCUGCUCUCGGACCGCAUCGACCGCGAGGUGCUGGAGGCGGCCGGGCCCAGCCUGAAAGUCAUCAGCACAAUGUCAGUGGGGUUCGACCACCUGGCCCUGGACGAGAUCAAGAAGCGAGGGAUCCGCGUGGGCUAUACCCCCGACGUCCUGACUGACGCCACCGCAGAACUCUCUGUCGCUUUGCUUCUGGCCACAUGCCGCCGGCUGCCAGAGGCGGUGGAGCAGGUGAAGAAUGGUGGCUGGACAACGUGGAAGCCCUUAUGGAUGUGUGGCUAUGGUCUAUCUGAUAGCACAGUGGGCAUCAUAGGUCUGGGGAGAAUAGGACAGGCGAUCGCCCGCCGCCUGAAGCCGUUUGGGGUCAAGAAGUUUUUGUACACUGGCAGUCGCCCAAAACCAGAGAAUGCUGCGGAGUUUGAAGCCGAGUUUGUCCCGCUCUCGAGGCUGGCCGAGGAAUCGGACUUUGUUGUGGUGACCUGUGCUUUGACUCCGGCCACCCAGGGAAUGUGCAACAAGGACUUCUUCGCCAGAAUGAAGAAGACCUCCGUGUUCAUCAACACGAGCAGGGGCGCUGUGGUGAACCAGGAGGACCUGUACGACGCCUUGGCCCAUGGGCAGAUCGCAGCAGCGGGCCUGGACGUCACGACGCCGGAGCCGCUGCCCACUGACCACCCCCUGCUCUCCCUCAAGAACUGUGUGAUCUUGCCGCACAUCGGGAGUGCCACCUACGCCACGAGGAGCACCAUGGCGGUGCUGGCAGCCAACAACCUGCUGGCCGGGCUGCGAGGGGAGCCGAUGCCCCAGGAGCUGCAGCUGUGAGGACUGAAGCCCCAUGCCUGCAGGGCAGCAGGACCUGCGUUACCUUCCCUAGAGGAGCCCUGCGGACCGGUCCUGUGCCUCCUCGUCUCUGCAGCAGCUCGACAGUGGGGCAUGCGGAGAGGGAACUGCACCGCAGCCAUUAAAGAGAUGCAGCGAA